AUGGGCAUUCUCACGGUUGUGCUGUGGUAUGGCGGUCAUCUUGUCAUCCAAGGAAAGAUCGAAUCAGGGCUUCCUCGUCUCGUUUCUUACUGUAUCAAUUCCAACUGGGAGAGAAUCUCAGGGAGCUUGGUGAGGUGUGGAAUGGUCUCAUGCAAGCUGUCGGUGCUUCACGAAAAGUCUUCGAGUUCAUUGAUCGAGAACCGAGAGUCAAGAAUCACGGCAAAUACGCUCCAGAGAAAGCUUGUGGGACGAAUUGAAUUCAGAAAUGUGAAGUUCAGCUAUCCGAUACGACCGGAUCUUCCCAUCAUGGAGGAUCUCACGUUCACCGUAGAACCAGGCCAGGUAGUCGCAUUGGUUGGCCCGUCUGGUGGCGGAAAAUCGAGUUGUAUCGCAAUGUUGGAGCAUUUCUACGAACCUAAUGGAGGAGAGGUCUAUCUGGAUGGCAUUCCUAUUCGCGAGUAUGACCACAAGUACCUACACACAAAAGUAGCCCUUGUCGGUCAGGAACCCGUGCUAUACGCCAGAUCCGUAACGGAGAAUAUUGGGUACGGCUUGGAUUCCUACAGUAAUGACGACGUGCAAACGUCAGCAAAACUAGCCAAUGCUCAUAGCUUCAUCAUGGAUACUAGCGAUGGCUACAACACGAAUGUUGGUGAAAAAGGAAGUCAAAUGUCAGGUGAGAAAGUAGAGUUUGCUAAAAGCGUGCCUAUGACAUAG